CUCAGCUCGAUAGGUGGCAGUGUACACUCUAAAGUUGAUUUACGAGUCCGCAGCUCUCACAGAGUAGAAGAAGAAAAACAAGAUGGCGGAACGAGGCUACAGUUUCUCCCUCACCACAUUUAGCCCCUCGGGUAAACUGGUCCAGAUAGAGUAUGCCCUGGCAGCUGUAGCAGCCGGAGCUCCCUCAGUUGGCAUCAAAGCUUCCAAUGGAGUCGUUCUGGCCACAGAGAAGAAACAAAAGUCAAUUCUGUAUGAUGAGCAGAGUGUCCACAAAGUGGAGCCCAUCACUAAACACAUUGGCAUGGUCUACAGCGGCAUGGGGCCCGACUACAGGGUUUUGGUGCGGCGAGCCCGGAAAUUGGCACAACAGUACUUCCUGGUUUACCAGGAGCCAAUCCCCACAGGCCAGCUUGUCCAGAGAGUGGCCUCUGUAAUGCAAGAGUACACACAGUCUGGUGGAGUGCGUCCAUUUGGCGUUUCAUUGCUGAUAGCUGGAUGGGAUGAAGACCACCCCUACCUGUUCCAGUCAGACCCCUCUGGUGCAUAUUUUGCAUGGAAAGCCACAGCCAUGGGAAAGAACUAUGUUAACGGAAAAACAUUCCUUGAAAAAAGGUAUAACAAUGAUCUGGAACUGGAAGAUGCCAUCCACACAGCCAUCUUGACGUUGAAGGAGAGCUUUGAGGGUCAGAUGACAGAGGAGAACAUUGAAGUGGGAAUCUGCAACGAGGCUGGCUUCAAAAGGCUCACCCCAGCGGAGGUGAAAGACUACCUGGCAGCCAUUGCGUGAUCACACCCUUCCUGAUGACGGGGCUUUCAGGCCACAUUUCAAGACAAAGGCAUCAGCACAGUAGCCAACAGUCUCAUGACACAGUUUAGUAACCUCAGUAAUUCAGCCAGAGUUUGGGCACAUUGUGUUUCAGUCAAACUUUUUCUCCCCUGACCAUAAAAGGAUGCUCACCGUAACUUUAUAACUUUAAGAUUAUUGACGUGAUCUGACAGACUUGGGACAAUCCUAUUCACUCACAGUGACAGCGUUUUAGUGUGUGUGCAGCUCAUGUGACUGCCCCUCACAACUGCAAAGACCAAACUUCACUCAUGUCAUAACAUAAGAUACUGGCUUUGUUUUCAAAGGCGUAUCCCGGUACUGUGAAAUGUGGCAGUUGCCUACUGUGCAUAUGAAAAGGAAUGUGGGCUCUGAUCAGGGAAAUCUCAAAUCUUUCAUUGACUCCUUCAUUUAGCCUUUAUUUGUCAUCACUGUUGCAAAGGGCGGCAACGCUUUCAGUUCACAGAUCAAGCAUGGUUGUUUAUGCAUUUUUUUCAAAAUUCAAUUGGUUGUCACUAUUGUGAGAAAUUGUCUUUGGGUGUAAAACAGCCAAAAUAAAUAAAUUCUGACAAAAUCAUUGGAGACCAGACAGAGUUUUGGUCACUCCCAAAAACACAACUCCUGACUGCACUUCAUUCUUGUCCUUCAGACACACCAGAAAAGAAGAUCAGCAAAUAGGGAGCAAGCAUGGAGGAUGCAAUAAUAAGUUUUGAGAUUUUACUGUCAGGAUCUGGUUGCCUGUACAGCAGUUUUACACAAUGUACUUUUCUUUUUUUCAAGCUAGAAACAAUUCUAGAGUUUGUAUUUUCUCUUCUGGUAUCUGUCGCUUAUUCAAAAUAAAAGGUGAUGAGUUGAA